AUGGCUAUGGCAACUGGGCCGGGAUGGCCAGCCUCUGCGCAAGCCGUCGCUCAGGACGUGGAAGCUUCUUUGGAAGGCAAGCGGAGUAAAUAUACCAGUGGCGACGAGGAGAAGAACAUGAUGAGGGAAGGAACCCCAGGAGAGUCAUACACGGAAUCGUCAGAAGAUGGAGGGGAAAAGGUCCACGAACUCGCCCGCGCGAUCACACAAGCUUCCAUCAAGAACGCGAACGGAGAGCACAUCAAUCCCUUCGAUGGGCCCGAAAAUCCUGCCCUCGACCCUCUCUCGGGCAAAUUCUCAUACAAGGUGUGGACGAAAAACCUGUUGGGUAUUCAGAGUCGCGAUCCUGAAAGAUACCCUGCUCGAGUUGCGGGCAUCAGCUAUAGGAAUUUGAGCGCAUACGGUUUUGGCAACGCGACCGAUUACCAGAAGACUUUUGGAAAUUACCCUUUGGAACUCCCAGGCCUCUUCAAGCGAAUGAUUGGCCGACAAGAACAAACCAAGAUUCAGAUUUUGAGGAACUUCGAUGGCUUAGUGAAGAGUGGAGAAAUGCUGGUGGUGUUGGGAAGACCUGGAAGUGGAUGCUCGACGCUGCUCAAGACAAUCAGUGGAGAAACCAAUGGCUUUCAUCUCGACCCCGAGAGUAAUAUCAAUUAUCAGGGCAUUCCUAUGGAGAUGAUGCAUAAUGAUUUCCGAGGCGAAUGUAUAUACCAAGCCGAGGUCGAUGUGCAUUUCCCCCAAUUGACGGUCGGCCAAACACUUGAAUUCGCUGCUCUAGCAAGAACACCUCGAAACAGAAUCCCCGGCGUUACCAGAGAAGCUUACGCGACACACAUGCGGGAUGUGAUUAUGGCCGUGUUCGGUCUUUCCCAUACCAUCAAUACUCAGGUCGGUAACGACUUCAUUCGUGGUGUAUCAGGUGGUGAGCGAAAACGUGUCAGUAUUGCAGAGGCCGCCCUUGGUGGUAGUCCGCUACAAUGCUGGGAUAACAGUACCCGUGGUCUUGACAGUGCAACUGCUUUGGAGUUCGUUCGGACGUUGAGAUUGUCGACCGAGAUGGCAGGAUGUGCUGCUGUGGUGGCUAUUUACCAAGCAUCACAAGCAAUUUAUGAUGUUUUCGACAAAGUAGCGGUGUUAUACGAAGGACGACAGAUAUAUUUUGGAAACAUUCAUGCCGCAAAGGAGUUCUUCGUCAAUAUGGGAUUCGAAUGCCCCCUAAGACAGACCACGGCGGACUUCCUGACCUCGCUUACCAGUCCUGCUGAGCGUGUCGUAAGGAAGGGGUUUGAGGGCCUCACACCAUUCACCCCUGACGAAUUCGCUGCGAAGUGGUACGAAAGUGCCGACAGAGCUCGGUUGAUGCAAGAAAUCAAAGCAUUUGAGGAGGAGUUCCCAGUUGGCGGUGGUCAUUUGGAGGAAUUCAAAGACGCUCGACGAGCUGCCCAAGCCAAAGCCCAGCGUGUCAAGUCACCGUAUACACUCUCGCUUCAACAACAGAUCGCACUUUGCUGCAAAAGGAGUUUUCAACGACUUCGCGGUGAUGCAACACUCUUCUUCACAGGUCUCUUCGGCCAAGCUGUCCUUGCCUUGAUUAUCAGUAGUGUUUUCUACAACUUAGACAACACAACUGGUACUCUUUUCAGUCGUGGUGCUCUUAUCUUCUUUGCAAUUCUCAUGGCGGCCUUCCAAAGCUUUUUGGAGAUCAUCACUUUGUAUGCCCAACGACCCAUUGUAGAGAAACAAGCGAAAUAUGCCUUCUAUCAUCCAAUUUCUGAAGCUAUCGCCUCCAUGAUCGCAGAUCUGCCGAACAAGAUUGGAGUCACUCUUAUCUUCGAUUUCAUCGUGUAUUUCAUGACCAAUCUUAGACGUACUCCUGAAGCCUUCUUCGUUUUCCUGCUGUUCACAUUUACCUGUACAUUGGUCAUGUCCAUGUUCUUCCGUUCCAUCGCCUCUCUCUCUAGGACUCUAGCCCAAGCCAUGGCUCCUGCAGCUAUCUUUAUCCUGGCAUUGAUCAUCUAUACUGGAUUCGCAAUUCCCACACGAAAUAUGCACCCCUGGUUCAGAUGGAUUAAUUACCUUGACCCCGUCGCUUACGCUUUCGAAGCUCUUAUGGUUAACGAAUUUUCUGGUCGACGAUUGGAUUGUGUCCAGUUUGUUCCAAUGGGAGAUGCGUAUCUCAACUCCUCACCAAGCGAACGUGUUUGUGCGACAACCGGAGCUGCCGCUGGAGCCGAUUUUGUCGACGGAGAUACAUGGUUAAGGGUCAAUUACCAGUACGAAUACUCUCACCUCUGGCGAAACUUUGGUAUCCUACUCGCCCUUGUGGUCGGCGGUUGUGCCGUUUAUCUCACUGCAACCGAAUACAUCUCGGCUAAGAAGUCCAAGGGUGAAGUUCUUCUUUUCAGACGUGGUCGAAUCCCCGAUAUGGGUUCCAAUAAAGCCGAUGAAGAAACAGCCCAGGUAGAGGAUGAUCGAAUCAAUACCGAGACGGUUCUCACUCGCACGAAGACAACACCUGACGCCCCCGCAAGCAUUCAAAAACAAACGGCCAUUUUCCACUGGGAUAAUGUAAACUACGACAUUAAGAUUAAGAAGGAGCCUCGCAGACUUCUCGAUGCUGUCGAUGGAUGGGUCAAACCCGGAACCUUAACCGCAUUGAUGGGUGUUUCCGGAGCUGGUAAAACUACGCUUCUGGAUGUUCUCGCUAGUCGUACCACUAUGGGAGUUGUUACUGGUGAAAUGCUAAUUGAUGGACGUCAACGAAAUACUGGAUUCCAGAGAAAAACCGGGUACGUCCAGCAACAGGAUCUCCACUUGGCUACGACUACCGUUCGAGAGGCUCUCAAUUUCAGUGCCGUUCUGCGUCAGCCAAAGUCUACACCCCAUGCGGAAAAGAUUGCAUAUGUGGACGAAGUGAUUAAGGUGUUGGAAAUGGAGGCUUAUGCCGACGCUGUCGUUGGUGUUCCAGGUGAAGGUCUCAAUGUUGAACAACGUAAACGAUUGACGAUCGGUGUUGAGCUUGCCGCUAAGCCUGCCCUUCUCCUCUUCCUCGACGAACCUACUUCUGGUCUAGAUUCCCAAACUGCCUGGUCUAUUUGCGCCCUCCUUCGUAAGCUUGCGGACAACGGACAAGCUAUUCUCUGCACUAUUCAUCAACCAUCAGCUAUCUUGUUCCAAGAGUUCGACCGCCUUCUAUUCCUCGCCAAAGGAGGAAAGACUGUUUAUUUCGGCCCAAUCGGUAAAGACUCAAAAGAUUUGACUGCUUAUUUCGAGCGGAAUGGUUCCCAGAAAUUUGGGAUAGAUGAAAAUCCGGCUGAAGUCAUGCUUGAAGUUAUUGGUGCUGCCCCUGGUUCCGAAACCACCAUCGACUGGCCAGCUGUCUGGAAUGCGUCCCCCGAGAGAGCUGAGGUUAAGGCCCACCUUGCCGAACUCAAAGCAACCCUCUCUCAAAAGGAAAUCGUCGAAGACCCGACCGCCCUUGAUCCAUACGCUGCUUCAUUCACUGUACAAAUGUGGACUGUCCUCAAACGUGUCUUCCAGCAAUACUGGCGAACACCUACGUAUCUAUACUCCAAGACCGUCCUUUGUGUCCUGACUGGUCUUUUCAUUGGAUUUUCUUUCUGGGAUGCACCAACCUCCCUUCAAGGAAUGCAGAAUCAACUGUUCGCUAUCUUCAUGCUUCUCACUAUAUUUGGUAAUCUCGUCCAACAAAUCAUGCCUCUUUUCGUCGUUCAACGUUCGCUUUACGAGGUUCGCGAACGUCCCUCAAAGACUUAUUCCUGGCAAGUCUUCAUCGUGUCGAACAUCCUCGUCGAGCUGCCAUGGAACUCUCUCAUGGGCGUCUUGAUUUUCGUUACCUGGUACUAUCCAAUUGGCCUUUUCCGAAAUGCGGAAGCUACGGACGCCGUUACUGAACGUGGUGGCCUCAUGUUCCUAUUUAUCCUCUCCUUCCUGCUCUUCACCUCUACCUUCACAAAUAUGAUCAUCGCCGGUAUCGAAUCCGCAGAAGCAGGAGCCAAUCUCGCUCAACUCCUCUUCUCACUCUGCUUGAUUUUCAAUGGUGUCCUUGCCUCCCCCGACCAAUUCCCCCGCUUCUGGAUCUUCAUGUACCGCGUCUCCCCCUUUACAUACCUAGUCUCCGGCGUCAUGUCCACAGGUAUAGCCAACACCGCCGUCGUCUGCUCCGACAUCGAGUACCUUACCUUCGACCCACCCGCCUCCACCACCUGCGAAGCCUAUCUCGCGCCCUACAUCAGCGCCGCGGGCGGCUACCUUACCGACGCCACUAAACAAGCUACCUCUGCCUGCCGCUUCUGCUCCCUCGCAGACAGCAACCAGUUCUUGGCGGCCGUCAAUAUCAAAUACAGCGAGCGAUGGAGGAACUACGGCAUUUUCUGGGUGUACAUCCUGUUUAACGUCGCGGCGGCCGUUUUCCUGUACUGGCUUGCUCGGGUACCAAAGGUCAAAAAGGAGGAGAAGGAGAAGAAAGAGUAG